GCCUCGGCCACCAGCACAUCCCGGUGCAUCCUCACAGGCGCAGCAGCCUUCCUCUGCGGCAGCCGCACCUCGCCACCCGGCGUAGUGCUGCAGGCUCGCCCGAGUUGCCGCUUGCUGCCUCUUUUGUCGCUGCCGCGGGCCGCCCUGCGGACCGUGGGCUGCGCCGAGGCCAUCCCCGAUCCUGUACCGCUGUAGGCGCCUCGGCGCGCCCUGUGAUCCGCAAUCCUGCGGCGGGCGGCAUGGGAUAAUGCGGCCAUGGUGCGCCGAGAUCGCUUGCGCAGGAUGAGGGAGUGGUGGGUCCAAGUAGGGCUCCUGGCUGUGCCCUUGCUGGCUGCGUACCUGCACAUCCCACCCCCUCAGCUCUCCCCUGCUCUGCACUCAUGGAAGACUUCUGGCAAGUUUUUCACCUACAAGGGACUACGCAUCUUCUACCAAGAUUCUGUCGGCGUGGUGGGAAGCCCUGAGAUAGUUGUGCUUUUACAUGGCUUUCCGACAUCCAGCUAUGACUGGUACAAGAUCUGGGAAGGGCUGACCCUGAGGUUCCAUCGAGUGAUUGCCCUGGAUUUCUUAGGCUUUGGCUUCAGUGACAAGCCGAGACCACAUCAGUAUUCCAUAUUUGAGCAGGCCAGCAUCGUAGAGUCCCUUCUGCGGCACCUGGGGCUCCAGAACCGCAGAAUCAACCUACUGUCUCACGACUAUGGGGAUAUUGUUGCUCAGGAGCUGCUGUACAGGUACAAGCAGAAUCGUUCUGGCCGUCUCACCAUAAAGAGUCUCUGUCUGUCGAAUGGAGGUAUCUUUCCUGAGACCCAUCGUCCUCUCCUUCUCCAAAAGCUCCUCAAAGACGGAGGUGUGCUUUCACCCAUCCUCACCAGGCUCAUGAACUUCUUUGUGUUCUCUCGAGGUCUCACUCCAGUCUUUGGACCAUAUACUCGACCCACUGAGAGUGAGCUGUGGGACAUGUGGGCUGGGAUUCGCAACAAUGACGGGAACCUGGUCAUUGACAGUCUUUUACAGUACAUCAAUCAAAGGAAGAAAUUUAGAAGACGCUGGGUGGGAGCACUUGCUUCUGUGACCAUCCCCAUUCAUUUUAUCUAUGGGCCAUUGGAUCCUAUAAAUCCGUAUCCAGAGUUUUUGGAGCUGUACAGGAAAACGCUGCCGCGGUCCACAGUGUCGAUUCUGGAUGACCACAUUAGCCACUACCCACAGCUAGAGGAUCCCAUGGGCUUCUUGAAUGCAUAUAUGGGCUUCAUCAACUCCUUCUGAGCUGGAAAGAGUAGCUUCCCUGUAUUACCUCCCCCAUUCUCGUAUCUGUGUGUAUUCCACUUAGAAAUGCCCCAAAGAGGUCCUGGUCA